AUGCCCACACACCUCCAGCCUAAAAUUGCCCCAAAAACAAGUGUUCAGUUCAAUCCAGUUACUCAACUCCCCAUCAAACUUGCUGGUAGCCAUAACUUUUCGUUGUGGAAGGCCCAGCUUAUACAAAAUGCUAUCCUGGCAACUGUGGAUGCGACCAUUGGAAGUACAGUCGCUUCUACUCCAAAUGCCCAAGUUUCUUGGGAUGCCUUGCAUACUGCUUAUGCAAAUAAAUCUCAAACUCAUAUCUUUAUUGUUAGAAACCGUCUAGCCCAUCUCUCCAAUGACUCUCGUCCUGUUGCAGACUAUCUCCAUCAAGGUCACUCUCUUUGUGAUGAACUCGCCACUGUUGUCUCCCCCGUCUCCAAUGAAGAAUUAGUUGUCAAGAUUCUUACUGGUCUUGGGUUUGAAUUUCAAAAAAAAUCAGCUACUAUCCGUGCUCGAGAUUCGGUGAUACCCUACAGAGAACUAUAUGAAAAGCUUCUUUACCUUCAGCAUGAGGAUGCCAAAAAGAUACCUUAUGUUCCUAUUACUGCCAACUUUGCUCAAGGGACUACUUCUAUUCCUACCCGUCAGGGCUCCAACAAUAACCAGAACAGUAAUCGAUGA